AUGGAGCAUAGCGCGGGCAAGGACAGUGUGGGCGCGGCCGCCCGGGGCCAGUACGAGCCGGCCCACCUGGCCCCGCUGCGGGAGGACUCGGUGCUGCGGGAGCUCGAGCGGGAGGACAAGGCCAGCGACGACGAGAUGCUGACCCCCGAGAGCGAGCGCGGGCCGGGCGAGGGCGGCAUGGAGGGCGGCCUGCUGCCCUACGUGUCCAACAUCCUGAGCCCCGCCGGGCAGAUCUUCAUGUGCCCGCUGUGCAACAAGGUCUUCCCCAGCCCGCACAUCCUGCAGAUCCACCUGAGCACGCACUUCCGCGAGCAGGACGGCAUCCGCAGCAAGCCGGCCGCCGACGUCAACGUGCCCACCUGCUCGCUGUGCGGCAAGACCUUCUCCUGCAUGUACACGCUCAAGCGCCACGAGAGGACCCACUCGGGCGAGAAGCCCUACACCUGCACCCAGUGCGGCAAGAGCUUCCAGUACUCGCACAACCUGAGCCGCCACGCCGUGGUGCACACCCGCGAGAAGCCGCACGCGUGCAAGUGGUGCGAGCGCAGGUUCACGCAGUCCGGGGACCUGUACAGGCACAUCCGCAAGUUCCACUGUGAGUUGGUGAACUCCUUGUCCGUCAAAAGCGAAGCCCUGAGCUUGCCCACGGUCAGAGACUGGACCUUAGAAGAUAGCUCGCAAGAACUCUGGAAAUAA